AUGGCUGACACCCCCGGCAGCCAACUUUCAUCCCUUCACUACAUCUUCGUCUUCACAUCCGGCACAAACCGCCAUAGACUCAAUGCCCGCCCAGCUGCCAUUGCCGCUGCCAUAUCGCUCCGCUCCUACCUCCACGUCUCUUUUCUCUCCAAAUCGAAUCGAACCGUCAAGCUGCGCUUUCCCGACAUACAGAUGGAACACACGUGGGACAUUGACCAGCUGCCAUGGGACAGCUUCACCCAGCCGGGCAAGAAGAAGUACUACUACGACCUCGUCACUUCGUUAGACCCCGACCUCAUGGCCGCCAUCAAGCCCUUCAUCGACGAGGUGUCGGCCAAAGCCCCCGAACACAUACGCAAGAUCCACCAUGCUUCGGCCUACUCCUUCCUGUACCUCUUUAUGUCGCUGGCCUCGCGCAAAGUACCGCCGUGCGUGUACACGUUGCGCUCCACCAUCCCCAUUGGCGCCGGUCUGGGGAGCAGCGCCAGCAUCUCCGUGUGCAUCAGUACUGCACUGCUGCUGCAGAUCCGCGCCCUGAGUGGUCCACAUCAGGAUCAGCCUCCACAAGAGUGCGAGCUCAACAUUGAGCGCAUCAACCGCUGGGCGUUUGUGGGCGAAAUGUGCAUACAUGGAAAUCCCUCAGGUGUCGAUAACACAGUCUCUUCAGGUGGCAAGGCCGUCCUCUUCCAACGGAGAGACUACGACAAGCCGCCUCUGGUUGUACCGCUCCACAGCUUCCCCGAACUGCCACUUCUUUUGGUCAACACGCGCCAGUCGCGCAGCACCGCCACCGAAGUCGCCAAAGUCGCACAUCUGCGCAACGUCCACCCCGCCCUCACAGAAAACAUACUCAACGCCAUCGGCUUAGUUACCGAAUCUGCACACAAGCUCCUAACUUCCCCAGACUUUGACGCCACUUCGCCCGCAGCGCUCAAGCACCUUGGCGAGCUUGUCACGAUAAAUCACGGCCUGCUUGUCUCGCUUGGCGUCUCGCACCCAAAGCUUGAGCGCAUUCGCGAAAUCAUCGACCACACGGGCAUUGGAUGGACGAAGCUCACUGGUGCGGGUGGCGGCGGAUGCGCCAUCACCAUUCUUAAACCACAGCCACCGGCACUUACAAACGGCCACUCACACGACGAGCCAUCAUCGGACGAAUCGUCCGAAGCCGACGUAGACUGCGGCUCGUCUGUCAUUUCAAACGGCACCAAACUAAAGUACAAGAUCCUCGACUCGCUCGAAGUCAAGCUGGAACAAGAAGGCUUUGAAAAGUUUGAAACUACGCUCGCAGGCGAUGGCGUGGGUGUCCUCUGGCCUGCUGUGCUGCACAAUGGCAAUGAAGAGGAAGGUGGCGAGGAGAUUGACCAGGAAAAGUUUCUCAAGGCCGAGGGCAAUGUCGGCAUUGAGAGAUUGGUCGGUGUGUCGAGUUAUAGACGCCGUACCGUCAAGGAAGUUAGAGAAGGGUGGAAGUUUUGGAGGCCCUGGGAGGUUCCAGUGCGAUGA